AUUAUUAUAUAUUACGCACGCAAAAUAUGAAUUCCAAAUCGAUGUGGUACAAGACAACAGCCAUUCGUUUCUCCAUGACCAAUUAUCUAGUCUUCGCUUCUUCUCUUCCAAACACAAACCCUGCCGCCGGUAGCUCUUCCUCUCCGUCGCCACUCCCCAGAACCACCGGCCUCCCCGCCACUCCCCAGAACCCAAUUAAACCCAGAGCUCCUCUAAUCCUCCAAGCAACAACUUCCAGCAAGACUACCCUCAAGAAGAGUAAUAAUGCAAACAGCAAACUUCUCCGGCAGCAAUUCAAGGUUCUGAGGGUCGAGCGCGCGAUUGGCGCCGGAAGCUACCGCGACGCCGAGCCUCCCGGCGCUGCGGAGGGCCGCGGGUCCGGGAUUGCCGAGCUGUGGUUGGAAUCGGAGGACGGCAGCAACCGCAGUACCAACCCUUUCGAAGGGCCGGUGGAGAAGAAGAUCAGGGAGACGGGCGAAUGGCUCGCGUAUAAAACAGAGAACGAGUUUCGAAUUUCAGAGAAACAGAGCCUGACGUUGUUGUACAAAUGGGCUCUCCCAAUCUCACUACUGGCGAUGAUGGUGGCUGUGGGAGUCGUCAAGCUUCCAUUUUUGUCUCCCUUGCUUGAUGAUUUCAUCAUGUAAUGUUCUGCUGCAAACCCGGAGCUGGAGGGGGUUCUCAUUAAGGCCAGUUAUCCCUUUGGUUUUCCUUCCUGAUCUUUAUAUAUAUAGAUACAUGAAAUGUAUGUGAAGUUGUGAGCUCCGUGUAUCAAACAUGAUAUUUAAUAAAAAGAGGUUAAAUGCUAAACGUUUGAGAUUUUGAUGUUGCGAAUAGAAUGAUAUGGGAAGGAGACAAUGGGAAAUUCUUGAAAUACCAGUGAUAUAUGGGAAUGA